UGACGCAGUUUGUAGGCGGCCAACUCUGUCUCUAUUGUGUUUAUCUUGAGCUCCACAGUUGAGUCGUGAAUGGAAACAGCGUUAUUUUUCUGUCGGACAUGGACUGGAAAACAUCGUAGAUAGUAAAACUAGUUAAAGUGUGCACAAAUGCGAAAAUGAACAAAGGGUGGCUGGAGCUCGAGAGUGAUCCAGGACUCUUCACUUUGCUGGUCGAGGACUUUGGUGUCAAAGGUGUCCAAGUAGAGGAAAUCUAUGACCUUCAAAGCAAGUGUCAAAGUCCCGUCUAUGGCUUCAUCUUCCUGUUCAAGUGGAUCGAGGAACGUCGAUCCAGGAGGAAAGUUAACACUUUGGUAGAUGAGACCUCCGUCAUUGAUGAGGAGAUUGUGAAUGAUAUGUUCUUUGCUCAUCAGCUGAUACCAAAUUCAUGUGCCACCCACGCUUUGUUGAGCGUGCUUCUGAACUGCAGUGGCGUCGAGCUCGGCACCACGAGUCGCAUGAAGGCUUUCACCAAAGGCUUCAGCCCAGAGAGUAAAGGUUAUGCAAUAGGAAAUGCCCCGGAGCUUGCCAGAGCACAUAACAGCCAUGCCAGACCGGAGCCCAGGCACCUGCCGGAGAAACAGAAUGGGAUCAGUGCCGUGCGGACCAUGGAGGCCUUCCACUUUGUUAGCUAUGUGCCAAUCAAAGACCGCCUCUUUGAGCUCGACGGACUCAAGGCUUACCCCAUUGACCACGGGCCCUGGGGGGAAGAGGAGGAAUGGACCGAUAAAGCUCGGCGGGUUAUCAUGGAGAGGAUUGGACUUGCUACUGCUGGUGAGCCGUACCAUGACAUUCGCUUCAACCUGAUGGCGGUGGUGCCUGACCGCAGGAUGAAGUACGAGUCCAAACUGGAAAUUCUAAAGAGGAAUCGACAGACCGUUCUGGAGGGUCUGCAGAAGAUGAUCCGGCUCACUCAGCCCGAACUCGUUCACGACAAGAAGCAGCAGGAGUCUUCCUCCACUGAUGAUAACACUGCGAUCAAGAAAGAGACAGACGUGGAGCCUGUUACAUCCCAAGGGGCUGAUCCAGAUUUGUUGGAUGAGUCAGGAGCUCAGAAUAAGGAUGCUCCCAGCCCCUCAGGAAACAGUAAGGUCAUGGGCAAACCACCCGUCCCCACAGGAGGCGGUCCUCCACAAGUCACCAGUCCAAAUCCUAUCGUUCAACGAUUGCCUGCCUUCCUGGACAACCACAACUACGCCAAGUCUCCAAUGCAGGAAGAAGAGGAUCUUGCUGCUGGAGUCGGUCGCUCAAGAGUGCCAGGGACGCAACGCCAAUACUCUGACGACGAAGAUGACUAUGAGGAUGAUGAGGAGGAAGUAACUGAUUCUGCAGUUAAACCCAACAGGUUUAGACGGAAGGGAAGUCUGCGAACUCGACAAGGACGUGUGGGAACUGGAAUGGAGAGCCAGAUCGCCCUCACUGUGUUGGCCGAGAAACUGAAGGAGGCCCAAAGGAAAGAUGCCCUAAAUACACCCCUCUCAGUGCGCACAGAGGGGCGCACAGGAGGCAUCUGCAUCACAUCUGCUUCACAGCCUUCCCCGACUCCCAGCAACGAGAGCACGGACACAGCCUCUGAGAUUGGCAGCGCCUUCAACUCCCCGCUGCGCUCGCCCGCACGCUCCCAGGCUGCUACGCGGCCAUCUAGUCCAGUUGCGUCCCAUCUGUCUCGUGUGCUGUUUGGAGAAGAUGAGAUGCUGAGGCUGGAUUCAAGACAUAACCGUGCUGUAAGAGAACUGGGCCCGUCCGUCAGCGCGGCCUUGUUGCACCUGCAGGAGGACGGAGUCAUCUACGCUCUCCCUCCAUCUGAUUUGGCUGCUGAUGGCACAAAGCGGCUGUGCACUCCCGAAAAGACAAAAGACAAAGAGAAGGCAGACCUCUCCGCAGGAGAGAAGGAAGGAGUGAACGAGGGAGACGAGGGUCCGUCUGCGGAGGUGAAAGAGGAGGAGAGCAAAGACGGAGCAGAGGUGAGACCAAGCAAGGAGAAGCCCAACGCUGUGGAAACUGCUGCGGACAGCAAGCCUCCUGGGGAUAAGUAUUCUCCCAAAGAGCUGCUGGCACUGCUCAAGUGUGUAGAGGCUGACAUCGCCAAUUAUGAGGUGUAUCUAAAGGAGGAAGUAGAGAAGCGAAAGAAAUAUAAAAUUGAUGAUCAGAGGAGGACUCAUAAUUACGACGAGUUCAUCUGCACCUUUAUAUCAAUGCUGGCCCAAGAAGGCAUGCUGGCCAGCCUUGUGGAGCAAAACAUUUCCGUGCGUCGACGGCAGGGAGUGAGCAUUGGCCGCUUGCACAAACAGAGGAAGCCUGAUCGCAGGAAACGCUCCCGACCUUACAAAGCCAAGCGCCAGUAAUUACAAACAAUCAUAACUUCUGUAAGAAACGUACCCCUGCGAGCACCGAGCAAUCACCACAGAGAAAGUGGAAUCGAUGCACUCCUGACACUCUCUCAUAAAGGCAGUUCUAGUGUUGUUUUUUAGUCCGAGCCUCGUCUCCUUCAUGAAAUCGACCACGUGUUUGGUCAGUUCUUUUUAUCAGUCAUGUACAUAUGUUCUACCAUUUUAGUCUCAAUGUAAAUUUUCUUUUUUUCUUGUGCCACUGCUAUUGACAGUUUGUAAAUAUGAAAACAGUCAUGGUGCGUCUGAAUGGUUUUUCAUCUGGCAAAGUAUUCAGUCUUAUUGAAAGACCUCCUCUACAGUCAGUGCAGUUUAGUUUGUCACUAAAUACACAAUUUGGUAACAACAAAUCAUGAAUUCCUCAACUGUGUCCCCCUCCUCAUGUUUUUAUGGUGCCAAUGAAGUAUUGAAUGUUUGACCAAAAACAAGGCAGCAUUUUCUUCAUCCGCAACAUUUCAGUCAUAGUCUCUUCACUGAUGGUAAAUCAAUUAAUAAAAUGAAACGAAUCUUUUAAUCACAUUCUUCAUGGACAAUUUUUAAACUCGAGAAGAAGUCAUGAUGCAUCGAGGUUGAUUCUUUCAACUAAUCGUCUGUCGCUGUUGAUGAAUAUGAAAAACAAGCUCUUGUGUUAUUUUUGUACCUGAGAUCUCAAACUGAGUGAAUAUUAAGUCGGAUGUGUGCACUUGUGUGUUUUUGUACAUAUGUAUCUGUUCACUGGCUCAUCUGUACACUGAGCUCAGUUGUGCUUUGUGCUUGCCAAUUCAUACUACAAUAAAGUCAAAGAAAAUAUUGUACUAUAAUCCAGA